AUGGCCCGGAAGUACCACCCGGAUGUAUCCCCGCCGGGUCGGAUGGAAGAGUAUACUCAGCGAUUCAUUCAGGUACAUGAAGCCUACGAAACUCUGUCGGAUCCUGGAAGGAGAGCGUCGUACGAUUUAGACAUGGCUAAGGGACUUCAUCUUGCAUUCUCUACCAAGAGGCAUUCGAAAUUCGACGAGGUGGGGGAUACAAGGAAGGACCAUGCUUGUUGGGAGAGACCUGAGGACAUGGACACUCCAAGAAUCUUUAAAAGAAGCGACCCCACUUAUUCCAAGCUCCUUGCCAGAAGGGCAAUUAGGGUGUUUCAGUUUGCUGAUAAAUACAGAGGCGCAUACAGCAAUGGACUGAAACCAUAUGUCUGCCCUUAUUAUUGUGAUUUUAGUUUUUCUUAG